AUGAAUGUCAGACAGACUGAUGUCGAUGAUACUCAAAGCUCACAAGGCUCGGACGAGUUUGUAAAUGGCUCGAUCUUUCGUAUUAAACUACACAAUUUUCUUACGUAUUUAGACGCUGAAUUUUAUCCAGGACCUCGCUUAAAUCUGAUUCUUGGUCCUAAUGGUACGGGGAAAAGUUCCAUCGUAUGUGCACUCUGUGUCGGUCUGGCUGGUAGUACUCGUUUGUUAGGUCGAGCAGAUAAAGUUGGACAGUUUGUACGUCAUGAGAAAGAAAGUGGCUACACUGAAAUUGAGCUCUAUUUUGAGCAAGGGAAUCAAAUUAUACGUCGUACUAUUUUUCGAGAUAAUAAAAGUACAUGGCAAGUGAAUGGAAAAGAUUCGACACUUAAGAAUGUUGUGGGCAUUAUGGAAGCUGCCAAGAUUCAGAUUGACAAUUUGUGUCAGUUCCUACCACAGGACAAAGUGGGUGAAUUCUCGAGAAUGAAUUCCAUUCAAUUGCUAAAAGCGACGGAGAAUGCUAUGGCAGACACGGACUUGGCUGCGAAGCAUGAAGAGAUUAUUCAAUUACAACACAGUUUAUCGGAUAAAGGACGGCAAUUAGAGCAUGCGCGAACUGCGCUGGAGAUGAAGAAGAGUGAGAACGCUCAACGAGAGAAAGAGGUGGAGCGGAUUGAAGAUUACGAAGCUCGCAUUGCAGAGACAGCGGUGAUGGAGAAAAAGUGUUUGUGGCUCGAGUUUGAGGAAGCAAAACACGAGGUUCAGGAGCUAAAAGAAGAAAAGAAGCGCUACAAAGACGCCAUUGCGAUUGAACGAAAAGAAAAGGUUGAUCCUCUUGCAGAUCUGUUAAAAAAAGAGUCAAUCAAGCUAGAGAACGUAAAGACAGAGAAAGCAGAUGUAGACGACGAGAAACGUCAGCUGAUUGAAAAUAUCAGACAGGAGAAGAGUCAUAUCGAUAUAAUGGAAAGUGCUCAAGACCAGACCUCAAUGGAUGUAAAAGAGCUGCGUACUCAACACGUUGCUACCCGCCGGAGACUUGAGCGAUUAGAACGCGAUGCAGUUGAGUGGAAAAAAGAGCGCGAAGGAAUGGCUGACGACGCGGAUCUUAAAUUGCAAAAGGAGCGAUUGGAGAAGCAGCAGCGCGCCAAAGAUUUGGAGGAGAUGGAAAUCCGCAGCAAGAGAGAAUCACGUGCUCGCGAACUGUCUUAUAUGGAGAAUGAGCAGAUGAAGGUGAAAAGCAAGCUUGAAAAACUUGAAAACGAAGAUUUUCAGAGACGACUGGCCCUUCAAAGGGCUGAUCCAGAAUGUAUCCGCGCCGCGGACUGGGUCAAAAAUAAUCCGCAUCGAUUGAAGCGGAAAGUAUGGGGGCCAAUUGCACUUGAGAUAAAGCUCAAUGAAACGAUGCAUGCAAAGUACAUUGAAGACACUCUUCCGAAGUGGCUUUUAGGUGCACUGGUGACCGAAUGCUACGAUGACUAUAAUACGAUUCUCCGCGAGUUGAAAAGUGAAAACUUCGAUCGUUGCAUAAAGGCUUCGGUCUUGAACGUUGAAGGCGGAAGAUGUCACGCUAUUGUCCGACCAUACUCAAACGAUAAGAUGAACGAUUUUCGCAAACAAUAUGGCAUGACCUGCUUUUUGGAUGAGCUGGUAACUGCUCCGGAUAUCGUGCAUGAAGCUCUUCGUGUUCAUGGGGGUCUGCACACGGUCAUGGUUGGCUCACAACAAACGGAAGAUAUCAUCAAUAGAGGUGGCAAUCUUUUCUCCGAGAUUGCGUCAGCAGAGCGAAAGGCAGCGUUUGUGACUCCGUACAAGAAAUAUGUUACUUCGGUUUCCAAGUAUGGUAACCGGAACGUUACCACGCGAACCAAUGAUCUCUUGAACCCUCGUUUGUUGGCGACUUCUACAUCAAACGAAGACGAGAAGACUGAAAUGAAAAAAAAGCUAGACGAUUUGAGCUCUAGAAGUAGGAGCAUUCAAGAAGAGAUCAUUGAUCUUAAAGAGCAAGAGAAGACGUAUGCAGAAGAGAAGAGAAAAGCUCAGUAUUGUAUUGCGGAAAUUCGCUCCCAACGGAAGACAAUCAUUCGCUUGGAUGAUAAAAUUGCUGAAAGUGACAACAAGCUUUAUUCGCUGAAGAGUGAAUUAGCACAGGAUUUGUCAAAGAAGGAGGAAGUGUUGACUCGAAAGCUUAAGCACCAGGCUUCCAAGCAAGCGCAGCAGAUAAAACGUUGGCUACAGCUACUAAGAGAUCUGCAUAAGGUUUGUGCUCGUGAAGCAUGCUUAUCACUGCAGCUCGGUACGCAACAAGUUCGAGUAGACUUUACCGAUAAAUACCUGAAGCAGACGGAAGCCACCCUUCAGAAUCUCCGAGACGCUUACAAGCUUGCAAAGGAAAAUCUGGUGACCGUAGCCAGAAAGGCGAUGAGUUUAAAGUACAAAGCAGAGAAAGAGGCUCCGUGGGACGUUUACGAAAAACGCUUUAAUGAACUUCCAGAUGAUCUGGAUGCGUUGCAAGGUAAAAUCGAAAAUAACAAAGCAGCUCUAGAAUGCUUUCGCGGUGAUAGGAGUAUCCGUGAACUUUACGAACGCGUGCGCGAUGAAAUUCGAGACGACGAAGUCCGCUUGGCUGAGCUGGAAAGUUGCGUGACACAAAGUGAAGAUAAGAUUAGCGGGAUCAAGGAACAAUGGCAUGCCAAACUUAAAGAAGUGGUGCAGCAUAUUGACUCCUCUUUUGGAGAAUUCUUCAAGGAUAUCGGAUGUGUUGGCGAAAUAGUGCUUGAUGACGAGAACCCGGAUGUAGCAAAAUGGGGCAUCCAGCGUCGGGCACAGUUUCGUAAGAACGCAAAACUAUCGACUAUGACUGCCGAGGAGCAAUCUGGAGGAGAAAAAUCUGUGGGAACUAUCAUGUACUUGAUGGCUCUUCAGGGUCUCACAAAGUGCCCAUUCCGGGUAGUAGAUGAGAUUAAUCAGGGCAUGGAUGUAUAUAACGAACGCAAAGUAUUCCAGCGAAUUACCAAGUCAUCAUGCGGUAGCAAGCUGCCACAGUACUUUCUCAUUACGCCAAAGCUUAUCACAGGGCUUACGUAUCAUCGCGACACAAAGGUCAUGAUCAUUCUUAAUGGGCCGUACAACAAGAUCCAACAAGAAAUGUGGGACCCAAAUCGUUUCAUCGCAUGUGGAAAGCAAACAAAGCGCAAGUCGGGCGGUAUUGUUAAUGGCUCCUCGAAGAAGCGUACUCGAGCAUAA